UGAUAUUUUUUCUAAUGAAAUGACGGGUUCGACUUGUAAAUAUUCCAACAAGGUAGCAUAAUUGAUCACUUCUGCGUUUUGAACGGGAGCCGUUUUCCGUCCGAAUCAUUAAAUGUACUUCUAUGGUUAUGAGUGCAUCUUAGAUUGUUCGUAAAUAAUAGCUUAUUACGCGCUAGCAGGUCGACGUGGUGCAUGGACUGUUACCUCCAGACGCAUCACACACAAGGUUCAAUGCUGCUGCUUUCUGUCAACCUCGGGGAGAGGCUUUCGGAGAACAUCGUCCGCAGUGAAGGAUUUAUCAAAUGUAUUUGUCAAUAUUAAGACAGUUAGAUGUAUCAAGGAUAAACAAAUGGCUUCAAAACAUGUGCAUAACAGCCUCGAUGAUUUAAUUGUCAGCGGAAUAAACAAUGCUCCCGCGAUUGGCUCGAUUGAAUGGAUAGGUGUGGGAAUGGGAGCCACCUUAUGUUUCCAGAAAAACGGAAAGACAUUGGGACUGGAUCGAAUGUGGACUAAAUAUAUUUUAUCAGUUGGAAUGGUUUUGCUUUUAAUGCAGUCUGUCCUAGCUGCUGAUGAUGAAGGGCACUACAAUGGGUCAUCAGGACAUGCAGCUCUGCCUCAGGACCCAGCUGUGCCCUCUAACCUCUCUGCCAGGGCAAUGCCAGUGAAGGAUUGGCUCCUGGGCGCUCUAGCCGUGCCCACAGACCCAUCAGGGGCGACAGCAGAGAGCACCAGAGAGCAGCCAGGUUUCUCCUCUGUACUGACCCUGCUGGCUAGCUCAGACCAAGAGCCACAGGCCCCAGUGCAACCAUCAGUACUAGCUAAUGCCUCCUCAGCCAUCAACAAUGACAAUCAAACAGCAGGAACAACAGACCCUUUGUCGUUAGCCCCUGUAGCCAACAGCACCUCAAACACCAGCUCAGAGGAGGCGGUCAGCAGUUUGCCUGCAAACCCAGAUUUACCAACAGUCCCAGUGUCCUCUCUGGCCACCCUGGGGGAGGGCGACUCCACCCUCCCAGACAAUGUGACUAGUCCUUUCUCUACUCACACAUGGAACACCACCAAACCUGCAAGGGCUGACAACUACACCACUAUACCAUCCACCACAGCGGCACACACCAACCCAACACCAGACACUGUGACUAAUGACAGUCUACAGCUCACGACUGUGACCACCACGACCGUCACGCCCCUGACCGUGACCACCACAACUGUGACACCCCAGACCACGACAGCUUUGACCACAGAGGCGUUUACAACCAUAACCCGGACCACUACGACCACACAGGAAGUGACCACCUUCCAAGAAACUACAUUGAUGACAACCACAACUGACCCACCCACCACGGCGACGACAACCACAAGUGCUCCCACUACCACAAACGCUCCCACUACAAGUACAACUACCACUGCACCGACCACCACUUUGACUGUCCCCACCACCACCACAGAAACCACCCAUGGACCAACCACAACUGAAUCUCCUCCCAUCAGUGCUGAAGAGGAACGUCAACCAUGUAACAUCACUGAGAAGACCUGGGUCAAAACGGUGUUGUCUAUGCAGUUGAGGAGGAACAGGCUUGAUAUCAUUGUGAGGCAGAAUCUGUCUAAAGGACUCACCCAUGCUCUACAGAGGGCCUUCAAUGACACCAAUGUUUAUGUCCAGAUUGAACGGGAUCUCUGCAGCCCUCAUAAUGUCACCCUUGGGUACUAUGUAGCCAGUGGGAAAAUGGUCUACAUCGCAUCUGUGGUGGUGGAGACAGUGAAGGCUUAUGGUUUUGACAAAGUGCUAGCAGACAUCCGGCAGCACAGUCCUCUGGUGAUGGCUGUUCUGCUCCCUGUGGCCCCCUGGGCCCCUAGCCUCAGUGUCCAUCUGCAGCUCAAAACAGUUCUCAGGUUCGUAGGUCCAGCGGACCGCAUCAACUCCUGCAGUUUUGUUCAGAUGAUGGAACAACGGCUGGAGAAUGCGUUUGAGGAAGCUCAGGACAAAGUGAUGGAAUCUUACAGCGGGCUUUCUGUUGAGAUCCAGAGCACCUCCCAAGUGAUUGGCUCUCCUGCCGUAUCUCUGGUCUAUGUGGUCAAGAACCAGGCCGCGAUCCUGAAUGGAACCGUCUCCAGCGGUCUCCUGAAUCAGCUGACCGCAGAGCUGGUGGGCUACUUCCUCUUCUUCCCGCCCCUCAUCAUUGCUGAGCCACUAGAAUACUACAACCUCAAUACAUCCACUGCCACCAAGCACUACUGGGUGAUCACAGUAAUUCAGGAUGUUGACAGCUCAUCUCUGGAGAGGAAUUAUCAGAGCUUUGCUAGUUUAAUGGAGCAGCGGCUGGCUGAGCUGUUUUUGGUGGCUGGGCGUCAGGGGAGCCAGGGGAGCCGCUUUAGAAGGGCCACCACUGUUGGGGACUACACCGUCCAGAUGGUUGGUAUUCGUCGGCUCCCUGGGCCAAAGAAUCCUGCCGAAAUGACCUACUAUGCCCAACUGAACGGUGCCCCCAUAACUGGCACCACUGCAGCCAAGACUCUCAGUACCUUGGAUUCCCAAACCAUGGCUCUAACCCUGGGCUACUUUAUCCAGCGCCAAGCCGAUCCUGUGGUAAAGGUCCCGCCGGCCAAUCUGUGGAUCAUGGCCGUGCUGACGCCUGUUGCCCUGGUGAUGGUUGUUGUUGUCAUGGUCACCGCCAUCCUGUGCAAGAGGAACAGGGUCAUCUUCAAGACGGGCGCUUUCAGGAGCUUCAAAACACGCUCUAAGACGUCCUAUCGGAGGGAGGGCAGUUAUCACCACCAGCCUGUGCAGGGAUUUGACUAUGCCAAGAAGCAUAUGGGCCAUCAGCAAGGUGAGGAGACCAUCUCUGUUACCAAGGAGACGCUGGUCCUGGGCCUCCCGGUGAGAGAUGCCCCAUUGUCAUUGGACAGGAAGGUGCACCCGGAUGGGACCGCUUCUAAAAGACCCCCUUCUGCUGACAUCAUCCACAAAGGGUUGCCAAGCGAGGACGGCUCAGUUACAAGCAAUGAAUCCGGGAAACUCAACACGGGCAAGAGCUCGAUGGUACGGAGGCCUGCGGUACAGAACAGCGCCAAGGAGGAUCUACUACACAAGAGGAACGCAGAUCCCUAUGAGGACCACACUGGCUCACUGCGACUCAUCACCAUCAAGCCAAUGGCGGCCCAGCCCACAUACUCCUACCCAUCCUCCUCCAGUCACAGCCAGGACUCAGUCGUCCUCAAUGGGGAGGCAAAUGUGGGGCUCAAGCAGAAGUCCGACAUCGAACACUACAGGAACAAACAACGGCAGAAAGCCAACAGAAAAGGCUACUGUGAUUUCCCUGUUACAGACAAUGGCAUCCACCCAUUCAACCCCAGAGAGAGGCACAGCAGGCAUGAGAAUGCCAAGGAGCCAAUGACUGCUGAGGAGAAGAGGGCAUCCUAUGCAGGAUGCCACAUCAGGAGGCAUCCCCCAUCCAGAGAGCCAACCUACUGGAGCCGUCAGUCCCUGGCUGCCAGCAGCCCUGGCCCCGUGGAGACCGAGAUGGACCUGCUGGUCCUCAGGGAGAGGUCUAGAAGAGGGAUCCGCAACAGCGGCUAUGACGUGGAGCCGCUUGAGGAGACCAACGUGGACCGACUGAUGAGCUCCCUGGGUUAUGGUGGAAGCCAUCAGGUCAAGGGUCUCUCAGACUCGUCCACUCUGAGCUCUCAGCCUUCCAUCGGUGAGGUCCGUCAGCAGAUGCAGCUCCUGCUGGGUAAUGCCUUUGGGCUGGCCCCAGAUGAGGCCCUGCCCUCCAACCACCACCACCCCCACAUUCACCCCCACCUCCACAGUUCCUACAACCCCAGUCACACCAGCCCCUACUCCGAGGGAGUGACCAGUGCCCCUGGUACCAUGAACCACCCAUGUGGAGGAGGCCGCCAGCAUGGGUCUGCCUACGGGCCGGAAAUACACCAGUGUAGCUUACCCAAGCCUGGCUUCAGGUUCACUCAACUUCCUGACAUGUGCGUUGGACCUCCGCCCACUCUGAUCCCCUCCAGACCUGGACCCCCUCCUGGGACCUCAAUGAGGCGUUCUACACCCGACAUCAGCCUGAAACCUCGCAUUUCUGAGGCUUCUGAGAUACAGAAUCAGCACAAUGGUGCCACCUACCUGCCUAUCAACAGAGCGCCCUUCCCUGCUGUCACUGUUGACCAGUCCAUGACCAGCUACUCAGGAAACCCAAUGACAGCAGUCUACGCCAUAUCAGCCAACCACCCUGGUUACUCUGACUACUUUGUCAUGUCUCCACCAUCGUCGUACGGAAGCCCAUCUUGGAUGUCCUACCCACCUGAACCUGAGGACAUCCCACACCAGUGGAAUGAUACUGUAAAUACUAACCCGUGUCAUUUAGAAACCAUUUGUUGAGAUUACCUGAUCUCUGUCACUGAGUGGAAACAGCAUAUAUCUUGGUGUCCUAUCGGUUGGGCAGUAGGGCCUCCCUCCCUCACAGUGAGUACACCUGGACUAGAGCACCCUGCCCUCACUGUCACCCCUGGCACCUGCUGGCCUCUGGCCUGCCUCCUCAGCCCAUCCAGGCCUCCCAUGGUCUCUGAGCCCCAGGUCACACAGGCCUCACAGCCUCCAUGUCAACUGCCACCAGCCAGCGGAGGAUGGCCUAGAGUAGAGCAGUAGCAUGGUAAUGCCACAUACAGCCUCUGCCCUGGUCCACACCAUCCAACGACAGAGCUGGACUGACUGUGCUUUUUGAUGAUCCAAAUUCUUUAAAGGAAAGAAGAGUUUUACCUACUAAACUGAUGGUUUAUGUGUAUUUUUUAAAAUGACAAAAAAAUAGUAUCUAACUCGUCUUGAGCUGUUUCAGUUUUUGGAUAUUUGUGUGCUUUGUCAUUUACUUUUGUGCAUUACUUCUUAUUUUGAACGAGUAAAACAUUUAAUGAGUGUAUCUUGUGCGCUCACCUUAAUUUAAGGAAGACAUUUGUGCAAGAAAAGCUUUGGUGUGAUUGGCAUUGUCAUUCUGUAUUUCUGAAAUGUACCCAUGACCUUAAACCCAUCAGAUUACAGUGUUCUGUCAUUCAUAUGUUAAUGAGGUCUACUAACCAUGAUUAUGAAAAGCUGAAUAGAGUCAUAUAUUGCAGCACACAAAUGAUCUUACAAUGGUUCUUUACUUGCAAGUGUUAUUAUGUAUUUGUAUUUGGAGAUUCUGACUUAUAUUGUGUCAUAUUCAUUCACUGGACAGAGUGGUAAUUAAUCAGAUGUGUUGGAUGGGCCACAGGAGUAUUUAUUCAAUUUAUUAUGUAACAUGACAGCAUUAAUUAUUGAAGAGACUUUUACAAGCAGUGAGAGAGAGAGAGAUAUUUUCUGUGUAUAUUUUGACACAAUUUUCUUGACAUGUUGACUUGCUUUAAUGCAUUUUGAAUUUGAAGGACGGUCAGAUUGUUUUGAAUCCUAUUUUCAAAUAUGUCAAGUGUACCAACACUUAGAUGUCUAACUACCAGGAUCAUCUAGUGUAAAACAUGACCACAUUUCAAAUGUAUUCAUUCAUGUAAGUGCAUAUGCUGGUAUAUGCAUAUACACAAAUACUCACUGGGUCAUAACAUAAACAAAAUGAUGCAUAAUGCUAUGUUUUACUAGUAUUUACUGAAUUGCCUGGAUUUCAAAACAAGGAUAAUGUGAUGGCUAGGGCUCUUUACAAUGUAUAUGCUACUAGUUGAGUUAAUCAGUGCAGUUUAGUGUAGAUCAACAACCACCAAAACAUGUAACCAGACUUGAUUUGUAUUACUGUGAUAUUGCUGAUAUUGAAUAUCUAAUAAUGACAUAGCAUUGGAAAGGUUUUUACAUUUAAAAAUGGUGACAGAAUCAGGUUUAAUGUGAUGAUAUAAAAUAAAAUACAGUUUGAUCCAUCACAAAGUAGGGACGUUAUUAGUUUAGUCUGAUAUUAGAUGAACAGAGCAAUUUCUCAUCCUGAGUUCCUGACCCCACAAAACUGCAGUAUCAAUGCAAAUACUUUGUUAAGCAUGCAAUAUUAAUAUCGAAAAUAUUAGAAUAACUGCUUUUUAACAAAUUAUGAGUCAUACUCAAAAUUAUAAAAAGAUGCAAAUGCAUAGUCAGUAUCUAGUCCAUUCAUUUGACUGGGUAGGUGUCUUCAAAUGGAUACCAACUGUUUCUACCUAGUUUGAAAAAAAAUAUUUAACUAUUUUUCUACAAAAAUAUGAAACCAUUAUUUUUACGUUGAAGCGUAAUAUUCCAAAGGAAGUAUGAUAAACCAUGUAAAAAGCCCAAAUGCAAAGACAUUUAGAGAAUCUGUGUGAUUUGCUCUGUAAUACUACAUAAAAUGUCUACUUUUUCUGCUCUACACAUACACUGGUAAAACAUUCUUCCUCUACUAGAUUUAGUCACAGUAAAGUUUCACGAAACAAUGUUGAUGAGACUUGAAAAAUAAGUAAAAUGGAGCCUAUGAGUUGAACAUCUUUGCCUUUAUCAAGCACAAUCUGGUUGAUGCUUGGAAUCGUCGUCAUUGUAACUUGUAUCGCUAAGAGACAAAAGGCACUCCCAUUUGUUGAAAAUAAUAUCAUUGGUAUGUUCAGUUACCCAUAUUUGAAGCUAAUGAAGGGGAAAAUGUGAUUGAGUUGAACAGUCAAAAGGAACAUAAUGAAAGAGUUGACAUAAGUUGAUGUACUCCUGAUGCUUCUUUUACCUCAUUUCUCUGAGAUUAAAUGUGAUGAUUAGCCCUGGAGGUUUCUGAAGGCACAGCAGUUUGAAUCAUGUUAUGAAGAAUGCAGUUGAAUGUAGUUAUGCAGAAUUUUGGUGAAAUAAAACCCAAUAAA